GAUAUACGCGCAUCCAUCCAAACACACGAUGUACGGAUGCUGAACUUUUUUCGCACCGUACGUAGCCAUCCGUGCUCGAGUGGGUUAUAAGACAUAUAACGAGACAGUGUCGUAGUGGAUAAAUGUUAUGUGUAUUGUAUUGAGUCACCAGUGCGUCGAUUAAGUGCACGUGUAUCUACCCGGAAUAUAUAUCAUGUGGCUGUAUUCAAUUACACCCGCCCAGAUACUGGAUAAGACUGCGUACGCGCCCUAUAUAUGCAUCCUAUAUCUCAUGACACACGGGGGAAUAGUAUUGGCGUAACUAUCCAGAGACUAUAGGGUAGCCGUAUCACAGACACAUCCAAGCAGCCCCACGGUGUGCGCGUGCUUUAGACUCCAACGCAUCCGCACGUUGCGCAAUCCAUCCACACGCGCGCGCGCGUGCGAUAGACGAGCGUCGAGACGCGCACUCUCACGCCGACAAACAAGGACAGCCCUGCUGAUCCAUUCAUCCAUCCAUCCAACCGGCCAUCCGUCCGUCCAUAUCCACACGGCUAUCAGACGCUUCGACCAAACUAAAGGCAAGCACAGGACACGCGCGCACACACACACACACUGUAGCCGCUCACUCGGCACUUGCACGUGCGCUGGAAAGCAAGCGCUCGACCAUACUUCACCAACUAUGGGCGGCAAGGCGGCCAAGGCAAGUCGUGUUGCCGGUGCCGGUAGUCCCGAGUCGUCGGGGCGCCUUCGAGACAGGCGCGAUCAUGGCUCGGGACUGAGCCAGCUGCUGCUGCUCGGCCGCACCGGGGAGCCGAGAGGCGGCGGCGGCGGCGAAGUGCGGGCUCCGGACAGCCCGGCGGCUCCGUACUCGCGGCGCGUGGCGAUGGUGCGGGAGAUGCACGCCCUGGUGCGGGACGGGGACGCGGACAGAGCCAUGGCCGUGCUGCGCAGCCUGCGUCAGGACCUGGGCAUGGAGUCCACCUCCCUGGACGAUGUCCUCUACAAGUACGCCAGCUUCCGGAACAUCGUCGACCCCAUCACCCACGACCUCAUCAUCAGUCUCGCCCGCGACAUCCAGUGCCCCAAAACGGAGGACGAUGCGCUUCGCGCGUUUGAGAAGCUCUGCCGCCAGCUCAUUUACCACCUGAGCCCCCACUCCCAGCUGCGGCGGCAGAGCACCAGGCGCCGAAAGCCGCAAGCGAGCACGAAGCCGGCGCUGUGCCUGGAGCCCGACGGCGGCACGCUGCCCCUGUCGGGCGUCCCGCUGGGCAGCCCGGGCCACCGGCGUGAGCUGGAGCGCGUCGCCUCCUUCCUGCAGGGCGGCUCGCCGCACCUGCGCGCCCUCAACUCGGUGGAGCUGAGCUUCGCCGAGCUCACGGACGACGGGCUGCGCCUGCUACUGCCGGGCCUCGCGGCGCUGCCCAACCUCGCCAGCCUGGCGCUCAACGGCAACCGGCUGACGCGCGCCGUGCUCCGCGACCUGGCCGAGUCGCUCAAGGAGCCGCGCUCCUUCCCGUCGCUCGCCUGGGUCGACCUGGGCAACAACGUGGACAUCUUCUCGCUGCCACAGCCCAUGCUGCUGGCGCUGCGCAAGCGCUGCCCCAAGCAGGGCAGCCUGCCCACCAUCCACGAGGCGAUGGAGGAGAAGGCGGCCGCGGCGGCCGUGGUGGUGGCGGCGGUGGCGGUGCAACGCGGCGGCUGCGGUGGCGCAGGGGGAUCGCGGGGUCACGGCGUCGCCGGCGGUGCCGCCGCCAACGGAUGCUCCGGGACGGCGGCGGCGGCGACGUCCACCGAGGAGCCGGCUUUGGGCGGAGGGUCUGAGGAGCAAGGGGAGCGCGGGACGGCGGUCAGAUGACUCGUCGCUCGGGCGCGCUUUAAAGCUCCCGCAGCGGACGACGCGUUACUUUCUGACCGAUUCAAACGAGGCGACGUUUCAGGCCUCCUCCAAGCCGUCGCCGAUCCCUUGAGCGUUGGAUAUAGAGAUCAUGCCUGAUCCUCGGCUCACGACGAUGACCACGACCGCGGCGACGUGCGUAGGUUACAUCCAGAUGGAGAUGAAGGGGCCGUCGGGGGCAGUUGCCGUCGACGGCGUCGCACGCUGCGACUCGUGCACAGUCGCCGCGUGACCUCCAGCGACCCCCUCCUGCAGCGUCAAACCUGCCGGCUUCACGUCGCUGGCCCGUUAGUAGCCGACAGGUUUGGGCGAUCUCCCUGCGCAGGUGGCACAUUGAGCAGCACUCGCCUCAGUCGCAAUCAGGCAGAGCCGGUGGUGGAUGUUCUCGCAGUAGGCGAGCACGCGCGGGCACACGUUCACGCAAAACGCAAACGCGCGACGGAGUGCAGCAAGGAACGGCACGGACGCGUCUCAUAAAGCGGCGCGGUGCGUUUGGGCGCGCGUCACGCUCCGGAGAGGGCUCACUCUCACACCGACACCCUCACUGCCCAAGGUCUCCCUUGCGAAAGAGACUGUUGACCGAGACCGGGUUCUCACCUGGACACCUACGCUGCCAGCUGUGCCCGCUCGCGAUGGGCCAAUUGGUACGACACAUGACUCACGGCUCAACAUUGCUACGUACGGCCCGCGAUCCUUUUAGACGAUGUUAGAGAUGUGCAAUUCUCAAUACCGGGCAGGUUGCAGAGGGCAUUGGAGGAUAAGUCUUCGGUGGAUCGUGCUCACGUCCGCCGGGAAGCUGCCGCGGCGUAUAGGGGUCCGCACGCCGGACAUUGUAAUCCAGAGGUCACCGCUUCGAUUCCAUGUCUCGGAGCACAAAGGAGUGCGACGGGGUAACGGGUAAUCCCACCUCUUCCCAAGACGUGUCUCGAAGUGUAGGCCAAGUACCCACCAAAGGGAGCUCUCUAGAGAUGCCUCUAACGAGGAGUUAACGUCCCCCAGUUCAACAGAAUCGGAAUGUUUAUUUAUACUGGAGGAAUCCGAUGAGCGAUGAAGCUCUCUUUUCACAGAUGUCCAGGUAGAAGAGGAUACGUCUUCAGUGGAUAGUAAUUUUACACGUCGCUGGAGGUAUUUGAUUAUUUAAUAUUCUUGGUCUUUCCACUGCCCCCCCUCAACCAACCCCCCCCCCAGUUCCAAUUGCACUACCGGCAUCAUGUCGCAAGACAGGGAGAAUCCUUGUAGAUAUCUGCCGGCAGUAGUGUGCCCCACGUGUUCAAAGAACCGACUUUGUCUUGAAAAACAAAGCCCCGGUCAACCCUUUACACAGUACGGGGGGGGGGGAGGAGAGAAGGGGGGGGCACACACUUUCCCCUACACCCUUCUAUGAGAUUGUUUUUACAAUUAUUUAAAUUCUCCUAGCUGGAAUUUAGCCAAAACCCAAGAGCAAAACCAAAUAUGAUGGUAGGGUUUUUUUGCGUGUGUGUGUGUGCGCUUGUGUUUUUUGGUUUAUUACUGUUCGAGCCAAGAUCCAUCUUGCUCUUGGCAGCUGAGAACCUGGCCACUGAAGCCCAGAUUCGAACCCAGGACUCUCUUAGUGGUGCCGUCUGACCUGUGAACCCCACUCCCCACCACCCCCCCCACCCCCGGGGUCACGUCAAUAUUUGAAUAGUUUAUUUUUAAAGACCUAUCAUAUUCGAGAUUUACAAGAACAGGAAGGACACUCGUCGCAAGUGACCUCGUGUGUGUCUGGGAUCGUGGUUACACGCGUACGUGGGGAAAUUAACACCAGGGCGUUUUAAAUAGGUCCGGAUAUCGCCCUUCUGUAUGCUUCAAGAAUACCGUGUCUAAAUGGAUUGUUCAAUAGAUGUUUUUUUUGUGCAGCUUAAACAGAGAUGUGUGUAUAUGUACGUUAGUAAAUAUAUGUUCGUAAACAUAUACACGGCUUUAGACACUAAAUAAAUAAAAUAAAUAUUAUAGUAAAUUAUAAGAUUAUAUCUAAUGUUUGGUGAACGCUUUCCCUCGUCCUACUGCCAUUGGCCUUUGGGGUUGUUUGACCAUACUUCACCACGCUGGUCAGUGCGGAAUGGUAAAAUGGGUGCAGGCCCCGGACCGGCUCAAAUUUCGCUCGCCACUGAUGUCAGCCGGGCCAGGAAUCGAACUUAUGUCAGCGAGUUCAUAGCGAAGUGUUUGCCAACCAUUGCCAUUCACCAUUCAAAUGUGUCCACAUAUUUGGUGACAAAACAAAGAUAGCCUGUAUAGCCUCAACAGGCUGUUGGGCAAGUGCCAUUAGUGGAACACAUGAUUCGGCUGGAACGGCGAAUUGCAUGGUGGGGUGGGCAGCGCAACUCCCGGCCACCUUUGUCUCCCUCGUGCCGAUGUUUACACGUUGCACCAGGGUAAGGUUAUGUCAACCUCGAGGAGGUCCAGGACCGGUUCAGAUAUUCAUCACCAUUGUUGGCCGUGCGUUAACCACUACAAGACCCCUGCCCACCAACGGCGUGUGUGCACAAAACGUGCAAAACGCACACACGCAAAACAAGAUCAUUGAGCAAAAGGACGAUAAAAAAAAUCCUUUGGCCAAGAGAUUGCAAAAUAUAUUAGAAAAGCGAAUAAGUUCUGGGUAAAACCAACGUAUCGCGUUUUUUUUAUUUAUGAAAAAAAAAACAUUCUUAUAGAACCCAGAAUAUAGAGUGUGGAUUUCAGAAAGAUGGAAAAGCAACAGAUAGCGGUGUAACACGUGCGACGUAAUGCACCCUCAGAAAACUAGAGAUCGAACGAGGUAGUCAAGGCCCACGGUUUUUCCUUUUAUAAAUCGCGGAUCUGAAUGGUUUCAAAGCAUAAAUGGAAUCCUGCGAGAAGCGUGAAGGCCGGGGACCCUUCGCAAUUUGGCGCUCCGAUUAACGGCGGACCAUUACUUCUGCCGAGCCACUCGUAUUCUUCAAUCCGAAUGAUACGGCCAUGACCUUCAAGAAUCGCCGAAAUGCGAUUGCUGAAUUUCUACGUUGGGUUGCGUGAAUUGUUAUUCAGCUUGCCGAUGAGCUGAAACUUCAAUGACAAUUACAAGUUCAACGUCUACGCGCGUGGCCAUUUAAUUUACGGCACAGUUGGCUUAAACGUUACAUGGCCUGACCCAAAAAUCGACUGUGUAUCACAAAGGUACAACGCAGAGUGGCAGCUCCAAUUUACUGCGUCUUGAAAUCUCAUUCUCCGCUUUGAAGGUUUUGAUGCCAACCAUGCCAAGAAUGCCUGACCCAAGCACCGUAGUUACCUUUGUUGAUUCUUAUUAUUACAAUUGUUUACCCAAGAAAGCCUUACCGACUUUCAAGACUAUUUUAUCAGGCGGGCUCUUCAAGUGUUCACAAGUAAAGGGCGAUGUUGCAUUGUGUCGUCCCAAUUGAGAAAUCUGCAGGUUAUUUUUCUUUUGCAUUGAGGGAUGUUUGGCCGAUACCAGGUAAAAUAAAGAAUAAUGUUUUAGCUACGAGAGAAAAACCGGAUAACCCGGGGGAAAACCAAUGCAUAAACACGAGGGAGAGCAUACAGACUCCGCACAGAGGUGCCCGAGGUCAGGAAUCGAACCCAGGCGCGUCUUUCUGCGACACACGAAUGUUACCACCGUGCGAACCUCUCCCUCCGCCCGAUGGAACGCGGCCCUUUUGUGUCAGCUGUGCGCGCGUGUUAGCGACCGUGCCAACGCGCACCAGCGUGUCGGCACGGUCUCGCGUACUCAUUUAAGCGAAUGUCAGUCUUUACGCAAGAAUGUUUCCCCCCCCCUCCCCCUCCCCUAUUAAUCGUAAGCUGAGAACCAAUUGUUUACAAGAGGCGCUAUCUUACAACUCGCGAAUGUAAAAUGUUAACAAAAUGUAAUUACGGCGACAGCAGCAGCCAGGGCGACACACAGCCUUGCUCACAACAGAGAAUACGGGUGGGUUUAUACCUUAAACAGGAGCGCGCCGUGUUCACGUCCGCCGGGAGCUGCCGCGGCGUAUAAGGGUCCGCACGCCGGACAUUGUAAUCCAGAGGUCACGGCUUCGAUUCCAUGUCUCGGAGCACAAAGGAGUGGGAUGGGGUAAUGGGUAAUCCCACCUAUUCCCAAGACGUGUCUCGAAGGAGUUAACGUCCCCCAGUUCAACAGAAUCAGAAUGUUUAUUUAUACUGGAGGAAUCCGAUGAGCGACGAAGCUCUUUUUUUUCCACAGAUGUCCAGGUAGGAGAGGGUCACAACGUCACAACAAACAGUGCGAAGACACGAUAGGAGUGCAAAGUGUAGGAAAGGUAAGCAAAUUACUAACGCGACAAAUCUCAUGUUUAUUUUACCAGGUAAAGCCCACUCGGCUAUGAGCCUCUUUUUCACAAGCGACCUGGGCACAAAUGAUAGCUCAACAAAAUGGCCUAUCGCGUGGAAAUGUUCCGGACGAACGCCGACGCGAGGGUGGUAAGGGAGUGCCAUCCCCAGGGGAUAUCCGUGCGAAUGUUCCACGGUGAUGAGGGAGGAAUGCGAGACCCCUCCUCGCACCCCUCUUCCACUGCCACACCCGAGCUUUGCCAGCGUGCGGCGCUCACUUCCGGUGAGCACGGUUGGCUACGUCCGGCGGCUAUUUGCCGCGCCGAGCCAGAACCAAACCGUGCUACCCUGACCUGACAUCUAAAUCUGGUCCGCGUGGCCAGGCAGGACCAGGCGCGACGUUAAUCGUUUUCGUCACACUUGGCGUCGGGCGCGGACGCGCGACGUCAACGGCGUCAACGGCAGAGUUCGGAUUCUGUGGUGGAAAAAUACGUGGUGCUUGCUUCCUGAGCCGCGCCAGACUGGCACGGCACAGCCCCGGCACGAUUCGGUUGUGAAGUGGAAAAGACGCGCGUUCCUAUAUCCAACGAGCGCCGCACGACCACGAACUCCAUGCGCGGCACCCAUCGGCAAAGUCGCUUACGAAGAGAGACCUUCCCAAAAAAUAUAUAACGAGAAAAUAAAAGUGAUUUCCUUGCAAAAGGUUUCCGUUUUGGUGUUUUUACAAUCUUGACACCUGGUUUAUUGCCAGAAAGGGUCAUCAAACCUAUUCUUAUACAGUUACAAACAUUCUGACGAGUCUUCUGUAAAAACACCGCGGAUUUUUUUUCUCUUUUGCCAUGCGGCGGAAGUCAACCUCUUUGUAGUCGUGUCGAGGACUUGUGUGUGGUGUUUUUUUUGCUUGUGGAACGAAAUCCAACGAUGACAUCUGGGGAGGAGAGCCGUCAACCGUGGGCGACGAGCCGGGGAUGUCCUCGAGCUGGGCUGGCGGGGGGGGAUAUUCGAUGAUUUAACUAAUCGCUCAUUCCAAACCCAUCAUCAGUCCCGAGUGCUCGGCUAAAUAAGAGAAGACACGAAAACAGUCGUGGAGGGGUAGAGGUUGCGGCGGGGGGGGGGGGGAAGUCUCACCUCUGUUGCCACGCGUGCCGCCGGAUGGGAGGUGAUGGGCGGCACUUGGUGACGUUAUCGGCAUCGCCACGAUGGGCCCGUGUCACGCUCCCCACUACUCGUACCUGUAAAGCUGGGGGGGGGGGGGGGGUUUCCUGCCUUCGGGAGAUUUAUUCACUUGCCCCGAGUAAGAGACUGCAGAAAAAAAACACUAAAUUAUUUUAAUCCUUUUUGUCGAUUCAUUGUCUUCUUAGCCCCAGCUCUAUGGGCGCGCGCUGGCCGUGUUUUGACAGCGUGUGCAUCGAUGUAAGAAAAAAAAGUGUCGCAUUUGGCUCCGUGACGAUCCUCGCCUUGCUUGCGCCCCCUUGCCCCCGCCGCCGUCUUGAACGUCCCGUCAACGUCCCGUCAACGUCCCAACAACGCUCUUGCGAGUCACGCUGCGGUCGCGAGGAAUAAACGCUGCACUCGUCGGCAGACGCCUGGUGGUGGAAGAUGCUUUAUAUGGGAAAUAAAAGCAUAUUUUGUAUUGCUC